GCGGGCACGUUCCUGCUGCUGCGUCUCCUGAAUGUGUCCCAGGUCUUGUUCAGCGUUACACAUUUUUUUCUCCAAGAAUACCACCCAGAUACCUGCCCCAGGGCUCAAUAUUGGGGAGUAUUUGAAGGACCCAGAAGGGUACCAGUUGGCUUUUGGGAGAGCUGCUUUGGAGAUGGAAGGAAAUAAAUGGCUGUCCAUCUUGUCUUACCUCUUGGAGGACCCUUCUGUGGUGCUGAUGAAUUGAGGCUGUCAAAUGGAACUGGCCCAUGCUCUGGAAGAGUGGAAAUAAAACAUAAUGAGAAAUGGGGAACUGUGUGUGAUGGUGACUGGACCAGAGAAGAUGCUGACGUUGUUUGUAAGCAGCUACGAUGUGGCUAUGCUGUUCAGGCCCUGAACCGAGCUCCUUUUGGAGAAGGGUCUGGACCAACGUGGUUGUAUCGAGUGGAUUGCCGUGGUGAUGAACCAGCCCUCUGGAACUGCUCACACAGAGGGUGGGGUGUUUUCACCUGCCCUCAUUACUUUGAUACUGGAGUGAUCUGCUCAGGUUUCUCCAUGCUGCAGCUGACUGGAGGGGACACUGUCUGCUCAGGACAGCUGAAAGUAAAGCAGGAAGAAACCUGGGCUGCAGUCUGUUUUUCACAGAUAAAUUUCUCAACUGCCUCUGUUAUAUGUAACGAGUUACAGUGUGGCCAGGCAGUGGAUAUCAUGAGAGGAACUCACUUUGGAGACAGACAUGAGCUGAUCUGGCAGGAAGACUUUCACUGUGUAGGGAAUGAAAGUCACCUUGCACACUGUCCCAGGAUGCUGAGCCAUAGUAAGACGUGCUCUCACGAUGCCACCGUUGUAUGUUCAGGCUACGGUGGGUACAGGCUGGCAAAUGGCAGUACUUCAUGUUCAGGGAGAGUGGAGCUGCUUCAUGGAGGCACGUGGGGAGCCCUGUGUGACUAUCUGUGGGAUCUGCAAACUGCCAAUGCCCUCUGCCAGCAGCUGGACUGUGGACUUGCCCUACUGAUACCAGGUGGACAGUCCUUUGGGAAAGGAAAUGGGUCUGUCUGGAAUGGGACAUCCAGCUGCAAGAACAGAUCGUGCCUGAGAGACCACCCUGUGAGGCUGCUGGGUCACCAUGAGUGCCCUCCUGGAAAACAUGCUCAUGUGGUAUGCUCAGGGUGCUCAGGGGGCAGGCUGGUGAAUGGCACCACCUGCUCUGGCAGAGUGGAGAUUCGCCAUGGAAACACAUGGGGAAGACUCUGCCACUCCCACUGGAAUGUGCAAGCUGCCAGCGUCCUCUGUCACCAGCUGAAUUGUGGCUACGCAAAGUCCAUCCAGACAGGAGAGCGUUUUGUGGAUGGGGAUGGGCCUGUAUGGAGAGAUGCUUUUCACUGUGAAGGGACAGAGUCCUGCCUGUGGGACUGCGCUCAAGUGACUUUGGGCAAUCCAAGCUGUUCAGCCAGAGAAGCAGCCACUGUUAUUUGUUCAGGUCCCUCAGAGUCACUCAGAUUCUCCGGUGGUGAGAGCCGCUGUGAUGGGCGAGUGGAGAUCUUCCUCCACGGCACGUGGAGCAGAGUCCUGGAUGAUGACUGGGACAUGCAGGAUGCUCAUGUGGCAUGCAGACAGCUCCAGUGUGGAACUGCUGAAAAAACCUAUUACCUCCCAAGGUCUGAGCGAGGCAUGGGUCUGGUUGGCUUGAGAAGUGUCCAGUGUGGUGGAAAUGAGACUCAGCUGCUGCACUGUAAGACCUCUCCUUCUUGGACAGCACCAGCGGGAGUUGCUGAAGACAUUGGUGUGGUUUGCUCUGGGAGCAGGCAGGUCAGGCUGGUGAACGGAACAAACCGCUGUGCUGGGAGAGUAGAGCUUUACCACCAUGGUGUCUGGGGCACCGUCUGUGAUGAUAACUGGGAUCUGUCAGAUGCUAACGUGGUUUGCAAACAGCUGGGAUGUGGACAUGCCAUCAAGGCAUUUGUGUCUGCUCAUUAUGGUGAAGGCACAGGACAGAUCUGGCUGGAUGAUGUGAACUGCACUGGGGCUGAAUCUGAUCUCUGGGCAUGUCGCUCUAGGGCAUGGGGCCAGCACAACUGCCAACACAAAGAGGAUGCUGGAGUUCUGUGCUCAGAGUUCCUGGCUCUGAGGCUGGCGAAUGGCAGUGAGUGUGCUGGGCGCCUAGAGGUGUUCUACAACGGGACGUGGGGCAGCGUCUGCUCCAACCGCAUGUCUCAGCUGGCUGCAGGGACUGCCUGCAAGCAGCUGGGCUGCGGCCACGGCGGUGAGAUCACCAGUGACUUCAAAUAUGGCAGAGGUUCUGGGCCCACGUGGCUGGACCACAUUGAGUGUACCAAGGAGCACAGCUCUCUCUGGCAGUGCCAGUCAGACCCCUGGAACCCUCAGUCAUGCGAUAACCGAGCAGAGGAGACCCACAUUUCUUGCUACGGAAGAAAAGAGGGAAUAUCUCCAGCCACAUUUGCUGAGUGCCCAAACUCUUCAAGCUGUUCAGACAGGGAGAAGUUACGAGUCACAGGAGGAGAGGAUGGAUGUUCAGGCAGAGUGGAGAUUUGGCACCAAGGCUCCUGGGGAACAGUCUGUGAUGAUUCCUGGGAUAUGGCAGAUGCUAAUGUUGUAUGCAAGCAGCUGGGUUGUGGAUUUGCUGUGUCUGCUCUGAGUGAAGCUGCCUUUGGGGAAGGGACUGGUCCCAUCUGGUUGGAGAAGGUGCACUGCAAAGGAACAGAGCUGUCUCUCUGGGACUGCUCUGCCCAGCCCUUGUUCAGCAAAAACUGUGAUCACAAGGAAGAUGCUGCUGUGAAUUGUUCUGGCAUGACAGAAACAACAGCAUCACCCACUAGAGCAGAUCCUCCCCAACACCGAGCAGCAGACAGCACAAGAAUUUCAACACCUGUCAUCAUCUGCAUUAUCCUGGGAGGCCUUCUCUGCCUGGUCCUUGCCAUUCUUGCUGGACAGAUCCAAAGAGCCAGGGCACAGCAGAGAGGCUCCAGACUAUCCUAUGACCCCUUCUCUGAGGCUGUCUAUGAAGAGAUCGACUACAACCUAAGGAGGGAAAAGCAAGAUUCUUAUUCAGAGUACUCAAAUGCAAAGGCACAGUUUUAUAGUGGGGACAGUGAUGAAGAAAAUGGCCCUGGAGCAACUCAAGAGGUCUCUCCACUACCUAGAAAUGCCCUGGAAGAUGGUUAUGAUGAUGUGACAGAAGCUCCUGGACUUAAAGAUGCUUCCCUUUCUGGGCAGAGAGAACAGAAAAUCAUUGAGAUCCCUGAAGAAAGCAACAUAAACAAGGAUUCACAGAGAGACUGGAGUUCAAACGUGUCAGGAAACAGGACCUCUGAGGCUGACAGAUGUUCAUCACCUGCUCUUGAAGACACAGGCUAUGAUGACAUUGAAGAGUUAGGACAGCAAUGACCUGCUGAGUUGUACUGACCACCUCUGCAAACACAUCUCUCCUUCUGAAAUGCUAAUGGGGUACCAGUAGGACCAGAACAGCCUGUACUCAGUGUUAAUUUACCCACAUUAGAGUGCUUUGCAGAGAAGCCAGCACAUACUUAGCAGAUAAACAAGAAUGGCUGUUAAGAAUAUAAUUUCAGUAUCCCUUACAAUUUCUUGUUGACAAAACUGCCUGGAAGCAUUUUGCUUUUUAUCUCUAAAUAUUUUCAUUGAGAGAUCAGGAUAGAUUGGAUCAACGCGCUUAGGUCACUUGCAAGAUGUUUAAUAAGGCCAUGUGUGGGUCCUGCAUUUUGAUUACAACAACCCCAUGGAACACUAAAGGCUUGGGGACAAGCAGCUGGAAAGCAGCCUGGCAGAAAAGCACCUGCAGGUGCUAGCUGACAGGAGAUGAAGAUGAGCCAGCAGUGUGCCAGGUUCUGUAUCAGAAUUUGUAUGGCCAGCAGGAGUAAGGAAGGGAUCGUGCCCUUGUACUCAGCACUGGUGAGACCACAUCUCAAGUGCUGUGUCCAGUUUUGGACAAUGUCAUUUUAGAAAGCCGUGUGAAAUGGCACAUUUCCUUUCUGAGGGGAGAUGUAUGAUCAGUCAACAUAGUUUCAUAGAUGAAAAAUAUUAAAGACAAACAAUUCUACUAUAACGAGCACCUAUUGUUCUAGCACACAGAAGUUUGAAAACAACCAUAGUUCUAUGCUGGAAUCAUAAUUCCAACAUUUAAAAUCUGUUGUUUGAAGUUAGAUGCACUCAUGUUUUAACUUCUGAAGAGGAACAGGCCUUUGCUUAUAGACUUAUAAAACACAGUGGGAAAUGCCUAUCCAAGAGCUGAAUUUGGCCCAGCAUAUUCAAUACGAUUUGUUGAUAUGAGGGAGGAAAUAAAGGUCAAAGAGCUGCACCUGGAGAUGCAGCUACUGCAUAGAGCAAAUACUCAAUGGUGGCAGGAGGUUGUAAGGAAGCACACUACAUGUCCAGAUCAGGCAGCAUGAGGGAUGAAAUUAACUUCCUCAAGGGCAUAUCUCAAUGGUUUCUGAACACAAGGAGUCAUCUAGGAAAGAGAUGAUGGAAUUAGUGUGGGCUGUGUGCUUUUGGGAGAGCAGACUUGGUGCUGUUGCUCAUGGUAGAUAAAAGCCACACUUAAAGCAGUGAGUUUAUGGAGUGUAUCAAACAGGAGAGGGGAGGCAACGUGCUUCAGGGGGAUAUUGGAAUAUACCUGACAAAACUUUUAAAUAUCAUGAGAAGGUAACAGAUUUACAGAUGAUUUGACUGAUGUCAGCCACAUAA